AUGGUAUCACCACAAUUUAAUAUGGAAAUCUUCCAGCAGGCACAGACCAUGGCUUUUGCAGUGAAUGAGAUUAAUAAUAAUCCAAACCUGCUGCCUAACAUAACUCUUGGUUAUCAUCUUUAUGACAACUGUGUGAGACUAGAAAUGGCGUUCCGGGCUGCCAUAUCCCUGGCUAGUGGGACAGAGGAGUCCUUCUCCAGCCUAAACUGCACUGGCCCCCCUCCUGUGAUUGGGAUUGUAGGGGAUCCAAGUUCAACUCCUUCCAUUGCGAUUUCCAAUGUUCUUGGGCUGUUUCGAGUACCAAUGGUUAGUCACUAUGCCACCUGCUCCUGUUUAAGUGACAGGAAAAAGUACCCCUCUUUCUUCAGAACAAUCCCCAGUGAUGCCUUCCAGGUGCGGGCUAUGGUUCAGAUCUUGAGGCAUUUUGGAUGGACCUGGGUUGGUCUUGUCUACAGUGAUGAUGAUUACGGCAUCUAUGCUGCUCAGUUAUUUCAGCAGGAAAUGCAGCAAUUUGGAUAUUGUGUUGCUUUUUCUGAAAAGAUUCCAAAUGAUAACAACCACAAAGACAUUCAACGUAUAACAGGAGUGAUUCAGGCCUCUACAGCUAGAGUGGUGGUUGUUUUUCCCACCUUUCUACUACCAUUGAUGGAAGAGGUUGUGUUGCAAAACAUGACUGGCAAGCAGUGGAUUGCAAGUGAAGCUUGGGCCACCUCAUCUGUAUACCAUUCUCCACGUUUCCUGCCCUUCCUGGGGGGCACACUGGGCAUUGCUAUCAGACGUGGAGAGAUUGAGGAUCUUCAUGACUUUCUGCUACGUCUCCACCCCAGUAAUGAUCCAAGAAAUAAUAUAGUGAGAAUUUUCUGGGAGAAAAUGUUCAGUUGUAGUUUUGGAAAUGGGGGAAGAGUGAUAGAUGGAGAGCAAGUGAAAAAGGUGUGUACAGGACAGGAGAAUCUGAGCACCACAAACACACCAUACACUGAUGUUUCAGACUUGAGACCAGCUUAUAAUGUCUAUAAGGCAGUUUAUGCCCUGGCACAUGCACUUCAUGACCUGAUGCAGUGUGAAGAGGCUGAAGGUGGAAAUUCAAAUAUGUGCUGUAUAUUAAUUAAACACUUGCUCUGUCUACAAACUGUACAGCUGGUCCACUACCUCCAGAAAGUGAACUUCACCACAGGCUUUGGGGAUCAAGUGUCAUUUGAUAAGAAUGGAGAUGCUCUGCCUAUCUAUGAUGUGCUAAACUGGCAGCCAAGCUCUGAUGGAUCAAUAAGGACUUACACGCACCCAAGGUCUGUGUGCAGUGAGAGUUGCCCCCCAGGCACCAGGCAAGCCAGGAGGAAGGGUCUUCCUGUCUGUUGUUUUGACUGCCUGCCCUGCGGAGAUGGAGAGAUUUCCAAUACAACAGAUGCUAUUGAGUGCACAGUGUGUCCAGAUGAGUUCUGGUCCAAUCCAGAUAAGAAUCAGUGUGUCCCCAAAGCAGUAGAGUUUCUGUCCUAUGAGGAACCUCUGGGCAUCUCUCUGACCACUGCUUCCCUACUUGGCACCUGCAUUUGCGCUCUUGUGAUGGUCAUCUUUGCUCAUCACCGUAACACUCCCAUAGUACGCGCCAACAAUUCAGAGCUCAGCUUUCUGCUGCUGUUGUCAUUGAAAAUGUGUUUCCUGUGUGUACUGCUGUUCAUUGGUCAGCCGCAGUUGUGGACGUGUCAGUUAAGACAUGCUGUGUUUGGCAUAAGCUUUGUCCUGUGCAUCUCCAGCAUCCUGGUCAAGACUAUGGUGGUAAUAGCCGUGUUCAAGUCAUCUCGACCAGAGGGCAAAGGAGCAAUGAAAUGGUUUGGAGUAGCUCAACAAAGAUGCACAGUUCUGGUCCUAACAGCCCUCCAGGUUGUGAUAUGUGUAGUCUGGCUAUCAACUGCCUCUCCAACACCCCAUAAAAACAACCAGUAUAUCCGCUCUAAAAUGGUAUAUGAAUGUGCUAUUGGCUCAGUGGCUGGUUUUUCUAUGUUGCUGGGAUACAUUGGACUGUUGGCAGCAGUAAGCUUCCUUUUAGCUUUCCUGGCGAGAAAUCUUCCAGAUAAUUUUAAUGAAGCAAAGUUCAUCACUUUCAGUAUGUUGAUAUUUUGUGCUGUGUGGAUUGCGUUUGUUCCAGCAUAUGUGAGCUCUCCAGGGAAAUAUGCAGUGGCUGUGGAGAUAUUUGCCAUUUUAGCUUCUAGUUUUGGUUUACUGGUAUCCAUAUUUGCUCCAAAGUGCUACAUCAUUCUUCUACAUCCAGAGAGGAACACUAAAAAUGCUAUCAUGGGAAGAGAAACACAAAAGAAGUAG